AUGAAUGACAGAGAUAGAGUUAGAAUGCACUUAGCCGAGAUAUGGACGAGUGUGAUCCUGGUGCAGACGGGCACUCUCUUACUGGUCGGAGCUGAGUAUCCGGGGAUAUUUCCCGGACAGCGGCAGCAGCACCGGAGCCGCGAGCUCAGCAACUACAGUGGGAAACGAGCUUCGGGGACGACGACGGAGCCAAGUUGCGAAGAGUUGCGUGCUAUGUGGCGUUACAGCAAAAGGCAGAGCCGGGCUGCGGAGAGCAGUAACGAGCUCCCCGUAUACCGCGACCCCUUCUCCUACAAUCUCUGGGAGGCUUACCCCAGCCGCUCACCCUCGACUGGAUACCGAGAUGAGUACGCGGGUCCAGCGAGGAGUCGUGGCGCUGGCGGGGUUCCGAUCUACGGGAAGCUCGUGCACAAGGCCCCAGCCGGGAGCCGGCUACGCAAUGGCAUGCCCGAGCGGGCCCGGGCCUUCGAGGAAGUGGCUCGACUCUACGGGACUGUCAAUCGACAUCCGCCCUCCCAGCGCCGCAGGCUCACCAGCUUCCGCGUAGCUGGUGGUGGCGGUGGUGGCGGCAGCAGUGGCGGUCGCGGACACAUCGCCGAGAACAACGAGGAGAACGAUCUUGAUGCCAGUGUGCCCCAAACCGGCAGUUUCCAGCAUCUCAAGGAGCUCAUACUUACGGAGCGCGCGCGCGAGCUACAGGAGCAACGUAGAGUGGAGGAAAUGGCAGCGCGUGCAGCUGUUUUAAAAGAAAUGACUUCGGGCAAUCGACAGGGCACCAACGUACGUGAAUCACGAAACUCGAAUUUACUUAGUUCCGUGAAAAGAUAUGAAGAUCCAAUUAAUUAUAACUUUGCCGAUACACAAUAUACGGCUGAUGUUGCAGGCAAUGGUCCAGCAUUGUCGGCAGGAGAACACUAUGGCCAGGAGUAUAUGCUACGUUAAGCUUAUAAAAUUGAGACGAAAAACGAAGGAGAAGAAACCAAGAAUUGAUCGAAGAAAGAAGCUUAAGGACGGGACUUUAGUCGAGGAAUAAAUUACUUUCAUUUUUCUCUUCUUUUCGCGACUAAAAAUGCAUGCAUGAAAAAACAUUUUUUUUUCAAC